AUGUCUUGGCUCAGAAGCCUCAUCAGAGCCUCAUCAAGAGCCUCACCGUCUUCUACAACCAAAUCCAGAAUCAGCGACCCCUUCUCCUACUCUCUCCUCUCAUGCUUCACCACUGAGGCGGCGCGGCCGGUCCAGCCGCCGCCGGCGUUCUCCGGCUUGCGGCCGACGAAGCCGGGGGAGAAGCCGAGGGUGGUGGUGCUGGGGACGGGGUGGGCCGGGUGCCGGCUGAUGAAGGAACUGGACACGAAGAUGUACGACGUUGUUUGCGUCUCGCCGAGGAAUCACAUGGUGUUCACGCCGCUGCUGGCGUCCACGUGCGUCGGCACGCUGGAGUUUAGGUCGGUGGCGGAGCCGAUCGGGAGGAUCCAGCCGGCGAUUUCGAAGGAGCCCGGCUCGUACUUCUUUCUCUCCAAUUGUAUUGGCCUCGAUACCGAUAAGCAUUUGGUGGAAUGCGAGACUGUUACUGAUGGAGCUGAUAACUUGGAGCCAUGGAAAUUUGAAAUUGCCUACGACAAGCUGGUAAUUGCAUUGGGUGCACAGCCUACAACUUUUGGGAUACGUGGUGUUGAAGAACAUGCAGUUUUUCUUCGUGAAGUCUAUCAUGCCCAGGAAAUCCGUAGGAAGCUGCUCUUAAAUUUGAUGCUGUCGGAUGUUCCCGGUGUUUCAGAGGAAGAGAAAAGCAGACUCCUGCAUUGUGUAGUUGUUGGAGGUGGUCCCACUGGAGUCGAAUUCAGUGGUGAACUAAGUGACUUUAUUCAGAGAGAUGUUCAUCAGAGAUAUGCUCAUGUGAAAGAUUACAUUCAUGUUACCUUGAUUGAGGCUAACGAGAUAUUGUCUUCAUUUGAUGAUCGCCUGAGGAAAUACGCAACAAAACAGUUGACAAAGUCAGGAGUUCGUCUUGUCUGUGGGAUUGUGAAGGAUGUCAAAGAUAAGAUGAUAGUUCUCAAUGAUGGCACAGAGGUUCCUUAUGGGCUGUUGGUGUGGUCUACUGGUGUUGGUCCAUCAUCUUUUGUAAACUCGUUGCAACUUCCAAAAGCUCCUGGUGGAAGGAUUGGUGUUGAUGAGUGGCUACGUGUCCCAUCCGUGCAGGAUGUAUUUUCAAUUGGUGAUUGCAGUGGUUUUCUUGAAAGUACUGGAAAACCAGUCCUUCCAGCUUUGGCCCAGGUUGCAGAGAGAGAAGGAAAAUAUCUAGCAAAUUUACUGAACAAAAUUGGUGAAACUGGUGGAGGGCAUGCCAACAGUGCAAAAGAAUAUGUAUACAAGGAACCUUUUGUGUACAAGCAUUUGGGUAGCAUGGCAACUGUUGGGAGAUACAAAGCUCUUGUGGAUCUGAGACAGAGCAAGGAAGCAAAAGGUUUGUCUUUGGCUGGGUUUGCUAGUUGGUUUAUUUGGCGCUCGGCAUAUCUAACAAGGGUUAUAAGCUGGAGGAAUAGAUUUUAUGUGGCGAUUAACUGGCUUACGACUAUGGUGUUUGGACGUGAUAUAAGCAGAAUAUAGAUUUUCAAAAGAAAGAAACCUACAUUCUUAUAGUUAUAGCUCUAUAUAUGCCUUCUUUUUUUAUUCUUUUUUUUUUUUUUUUCUUUUUUUGGGUUUUUUUUUUGGUAUAUAGGUA